AUGGACCUCCAGACCCUGGUACUCCUUGAUCCAUCAGUUAGUCAAAAGAACCAAGAUCCCAUUGGGCUUGACUGUGGGCUGCUUUCAGGGAACCAGCGAUAUUUUGCUCCAGCUUCCACAGCUGAUGUGGAUCGCAGCCCUGGUAAGCUGAUAACGAAUCCCCUUUUAUCAGAUCAGUUCCUGGACAUUAAUUCAUUUUUAAGACGCAGAACUAUUGUAAGUUAUAGACAGAUGAUUGAGGAAUUCAAAGAAUGGAGGUUUCUUUUCUAUCUACUUCUCCUUGGUCUGACACCAUACCAUUAGCUUUAGAAUUUCUAGAAGUUCAAAUCUGGUUUAGCGGUCAGCACCAUCAAGACCUAUGGAUCUGUUUACAUUUUCUUACCCAUAACCUUACUCAGGAUGCCCUGUAUUUGAGAUUACUAAAAGGGUUAAUUGUCCGCUGCCCAUGUACUCCAUGUUACACAUCUACUUGGAUAAUGCUAAAAUUGACUUAAGAUGCACUGCUAUUAAGUUGGCUUCUCUGCUGUUUUUGGUCUUGGCAGCUAGAGGAGCUGAGUUAACUCAAAUCUAUAUUUCAUAACGGUGGUUGUCCUGCACACCGGGAGGGUUCCAUAUUAUACUAAAAUGGAGACAAAAACUUUCCCAUAUUUUCCCAGGUCCGGUGGAAUUGGAUUUGGUUCAAGAUCCUUCCGAACCAGGCUUAUGUUUAGUCAACCUGUUACAAUCUUACCUUGACCUUUCUGCUGCUGUUAGAAAUAUCAGUCAAUUAUUUAUUACAUCAAGGAAUCCCUUUCAUCCAGCCAAAGGUAAAACAGAGGUUGGGUACUAUCCAACAUCUCUUCAGCUGGUAUAG